UUUUACCGACGGAUUAUAUAGCAUCGUAGAAGGGGCAAUCGUGUCAAUCUGUCAAACUUGUUCCGAUUGUUGAGCCAUUUUACGGCGAAAAAGUGAAAAUUUUGAAGAUUGUUGAGUUCUCGAAAUGGCAGACUCCAAAUAUGCAGAUCUUCCUGGGAUUGCCUACAAUCAAGUAGAUGUCUAUGAAACCACAGAUCUACCUGAGAGUGAGCAGUUCCCUGCCUGCAGUGAGGAUGAGUCUGAGGCCAUUGAAAAGCUCCACAUCAGUGCUACUGAGGCCUUUGGAAAGUUCAAGGGAAAACAUGUGGUCACUACUGGCGUCGAUUUUUCGGACAAAAUUUCCAGGAGAAAUAGAACUGGCUUUGGGGUAUGGGAGUUGCCAGGGGACGAUGAGAAAGAGACGCCAAUGCAGAAAUACCAGAGAUUGCAGUGUGAGAUCAAGGAGUUGUCUGAUGAACUCAAUCAAAUCAAGGAGAAGGCACAGCAAGAGGAGGAUUCCAGGAAUGCGGCUGACAUUCUAUCUCACGUGGAAGAGGCUGGAAAACAGCUGAAUAAUUUGAACCUCUAUGACUGUCUUGGAACCGAUCUCGUGACAUCUCUCAUGGAUCCUCAGGGCACACGACUAAAACAAUUGGAGGCUCAAAUCGAGCAGUUCAAAUCCGUUGGGAUUGCCGAGAAGGAGCGGAAAGAUGUUGCGGGUGAAGCGGAGGGUACAAAGGGAUUUUUGAAAUACGAAAUGAUGUACCUACCUGAGAAGGCGAGAAUGCAGGAAGUGACAAGGGUUUCUAAUCUAGAGCAACGAUUGGCGAAAUUGGAGACAGUCAUCGGGGCUAGUGACGAUAAACUUUCAAAAUUCACCCAGAAUUUAAAGUCUCAAGGAAUUGCGGAGUCAGUUCAGAAAUUGUCAGCAAAGUCGUCACUACUAGACAGCAGUCAGAUUGAAGCUAUGGAGAACAGAAUAGCGACACUUGCUCACAGAAUGGAUACAAUCGCUCAGAAGAAGUCGACACUCUCGCCAGAGACUGAUAGAGACCGGAAGAUCGCUGAGAUGUAUGAGAUCGUGAAGAAGACCGAAGCUAUUUCCCAGAUUAUUCCACAGACCGUUGAUAGAAUGAUUGCACUUAAUACUGUCCAUCGUAGAGCUGGGGAAUUCAGUCAAUCUCUCGCUCAACUUGAGGAGAUGCAGACGCAAAUAUCAAAUAGUCUUGAGAGUAAUAAAUCAGUCCUGAAAGGAGUUCAAGAGAGUUUUGCAACGAAUCUUCAAGUGAUUCAAAAGAACAUCGCAGUUCUGGAGGAACGUGUCAGUAAAUUAAAGAAGUGAUUCUACUCUGUCUUAAGUCACCAAUUGCGCACCAAUUAUUUUCAUUACUUUCACUUCACAAUACAAUUGCUUAAAUUAAUUUGAAAAAAAAAAAAGAAACAAAAAAAAAAACGUGAAAAAAGUGUAUUUCUCGCAUUACUCGACAGCAGCAGUGUAAAUAAAUGUUGAAAAUUGUCAUAAUUAUUUUAAAAUUCAUGUUUCAUUGGCCCAGUCACUCAAUUCUUUUUGUACGAAUAAAUUGAUUAUUUGAAUGUUAAAUUAAAAUUAAGGGACAGGGAAGAGUUGUGAAAUGGUAAUUCAAUAAAGAUGAAUAAUACGUAA